CUCAGUCUGAUCGACAGGCACCAUGCCAUUUACGGCUAGUAUUUUGCCCGAAUUAGGGGGUACCUCAUUUGGACAUAAAUCAAAAUUACAAUGACUGUCUAGUAGCAAUCCUUUCUUCUCUCUCGACUUCCAAAACCCAUCACGCCUUUUAAUGCUCCUUCAUUCAUAUCUCGUUGUACUCGCUCUUUCCAUUCUGACGAGUGCUGCACCCAUCAGUUGCUUGCAGGAAAGUGAUUCGUUGGUUGCCCGAGUAGAGAUGAGCGGGAGUGGAAUCGAUAUAUGGUCACCCGCACAACAAGAUAUGCCAACGCGGAAGCGAGAGGCCAAAGUAAUUAUAGAGGUUGAAGCUCGCACACCACCGCACACUGCAGUAUGGAGACGAAAGGCUGAAGCUGAUUCGGAAGUGGACUUGGAGGUGCGCAACCCUCCACACACUGCAGUAUGGAGGCGAAAGGUUGAAGCUGAUUCGGACGUGGACUUGGAGGUUCGCACGCCACCACACACUGCAGUAUGGAAGCGUAAAGCCGAGGUCGAUGCCCGUCCACCACCAUUCAUAGCAGCAUAGAAACAUGCUUACCGACUCACUCUGAGCAUUUCUACGCAGGGGCAUCUCCUCAGAGCUUGUUACUCCACCGUUUCACCUGUAAAUCCUCAUUCGUUCCCUCCUUUCUGCUCUUGCCAGUUGUACCACAUAUUCUCGCAUGUUUUUCGCUCGUCCAUUUCUUCUGUCUUUACGUCUUGUCAACAUCCCAUAGUGGAUCAGUUCUUACAGGCUUUCGGUUGCAGUUCUACAACCAUUUUCUCUCCGUUCAUUCAGGCACCCGAUACGUCGCCGGCUCCGCUCUGCUCGUUUCUUGGACAUCCUUAGCCAGAUUGGCAGUAUUUUCUUUCAGAUGUACACAGUUUAUAAUUCGUUAAUAAGCAACUCGUGAGCCC